AGGCAGUGGGGCAUUGCCCCUCUGAAGGAAAUGAAUAGGCAAUGUUACAUGUUGUGACUCUUCUUCAGAUUUUCCUCCACAGAUGCUGCCUGACCCGCACACUGGCACGUUGGAAGAGUUGGUGUGCGGUGCCACUUGGAUGCUAUCCGUCAGGGUAGACUCUCUGUCAGAGGUGUUGGCUUUCAGGGCACCAAUUUAAAUGAAGAAUAAAAUGUGUUUUGUUCUCAGGAGACUUUUGAGGCAACAGUUUGAAGAGGAGAAACACCUUCCUGGUGAUCUUAGCCAGCACUUAUCCUCAAGAAAACAUCACUUUAAAAGUUCCAUUAUCUGACGCAGGUGUCGAACAAUGACUGGAAGGCCUCGCGGGUCAGCCAGGCGCAGAGGCCCAGCACCCCAACGCAGAUCACCACUGAGGGCAUCACCAGUACAGUCACCACAAAGGAGGCGAGGAUCACCAGCUGGGAGGUCGCCGAGGCAGAGGCACAGGGGACAUGGUACUCCCCAUCAUAGACGGGAAGGUAGCCCCCCCCAAAGAGCGCCAGCACCUGCCCGACCCAGGAGGUUUCGUCCAGGCACAAGGGCCUUGAUGGAGAUACGCAAAUACCAGAAGUCGACAGACUUGCUGCUGAGGAAGCUGCCCUUCAGCAUGUUGGUUCGUGAGGUAGCAUCACGAUUUACCCGUGGACUUAACUUCAGAUGGCAAGCACAUGCUUUGUUAGCGCUGCAGGAGAUGCUCAAAACGGACCAAAUGUUGAACGUUCAUCUGGCUCGAUCUCAGAUGUUGUCAAAUCUGUCCUUGUCCAGAUUUGCUCUUUUGUUUAUUAUAAACCCCCAAUAAAUGUAAUUGUUGUAGAGCUCUGGGCAAGUUACAAACCAAGACUGGCCUGUCAACUAUUGAUUGGGCACAGUGCUUAUUUGUAAUGAUUUAGUACCUGUUGUAUGUCGAUCGCAACCUUUCUGAAGCACAAGCUUUGUUGAGAUGGAGUUGAGUCAGGGGGAAGCCAUUGGCCGUUUAAAUCGUUAACUGGAAGCCCCCUGCCCAACCUCACAUAGAAACAUAGACAAUAGGUGCAGGAGUAGGCCAUUCAGCCCUUCGAGCCAGCACCGCCAUUCAAUAUGAUCAUGGCUGAUCAUCCAACUCAGUAUCCUGUACCUGCCUUCUCUCCAUACCCCCUGAUCCCUUUAGCCACAAGGGCCACAUCUAACUCCCUCUUAAAUAUAGCCAAUGAACUGGCCUCAACUACCUUCUGUGGCAGAGAGUUCCAGAGAUUCACCACUCUCUGUGUGACAAAAUGUUUUUCUCAUCUCGGUUUUAAAAGAUUUCCCCCUUAUCCUUAAGCUGUGACCCCUUGUCCUGGACUUCCCCAACAUCGGGAACAAUCUUCCUGCAUCUAGCCUGUCCAACCCCUUAAGCAUUUUGUAAGUUUCUAUAAGAUCCCCCCUCAAUCUUCUAAAUUCUAGCGUGUACAAGCCGAGUCUAUCCAGUCUUUCUUCAUAAGACAGUCCUGACAUCCCAGGAAUCAGUCUGGUGAACCUUCUCUGCACUCCCUCUAUGGCAAUAAUGUCUUUCCUCAGAUUAGGGAGACCAAAACUGUACGCAAUACUCCAGGUGUGGUCUCACCAAGACCCUGUACAACUGCAGUAGAACCUCCCUGCUCCUAUACUCAAAUCCUUUUGCUAUGAAUGCUAACAUACCAUUCGCUUUCUUCACUGCCUGCUGCACCUCACUGCAUGGAGUGUUUUCUGAAUCCUAAAGAAGUGUCUCUAUAAAAAAAAACAGUGAUCCAGCAUCAAGAAGAUUGUACUCAAGUGUGUCACAGCUGGUGCAGCUGCUGCCUCACAGUGCCAGGGACCUGGUUUCCAUCCUGACGUUGGGUGCUGUCUGUACAUCCUUUCCACAUUCUCCCCGUGACUGUGGGUUUCCUCAGCGGGUCCCAGUUUGCUCCCACAUCCCAAAGACACGCAUGUUUGUACAUUAAUCGACCUUCAGCAAA